UUUCGUUUUAUCUCUUUUUUAACAUUUUAUUCCAUAAUGAUUUUGCUCUAUUUGCAUUAGGUAUAUCACAUUGUAAAGGAGGGGCACAAAUUUUUCAGAAAUCCAGGUUUUUGCCAACCAUGAUUUCCCUAGAUUUCUCCAAACCUCCCAAGAUUUCCCUGAAGAGUUUUGAAUAUCUCGUGUACACUGGAUAUUCUGGUGUGAAUGACCCCUUGUCUUGGUAAAAUGUUUCGAUAAUUUUUUCUCGACUAUCUGGUGUUUGUCUGUUUGUAUUAGUUUUAGUUUGUAUUAUACAUCAAAUUUGUCCCGAAUGAAUUCAGUGGGAGUUAUAUUCAAAAUUUGAUUGCUCGUGAAUAUUAAUAUUCUAAUCAUUUAAUGAAUUCUUACCGCAAACUAAAAAUAUUGAAUUUGCUCCAAAAACCACUAUCAAUCAAGGCAGCAGUAUAAAUAAGCUUUCACUCGAACAAUACAAUCCAAAUCAAAUAUGGAAUCCAUAAAAUGUGUCGUGGUUGGUGAUGGUGCCGUAGGUAAAACAUGUAUGCUUUUUUCUUAUUCGUCUAACAGUUUUCCUUUGGAUGAAGGGGCUAUUUUUGAUAAUUACUUAGCUGAUGUAAGGGUAGAUGGCAUACCUAUUAUUCUAAACCUUUGGGACACUGCCGGUCAAGAAGACUGCGAUGGACUCAGGCCCUUAUCCUAUCCAAAAACUGAUGUGUUCCUUAUUUGUUUUUCAUUAGUUAGGGCGACUUCGUACGACAAUGUUAGGACAAAGUGGUUUACUGAAGUGAAAAAUCACUGUCCAAACACUCCUAUUAUACUAGUUGGCACGCAACAAGAUUUGAGAGAGAACAGAAGGCCAGAUUAUAUUAGAGAAGUUGUCACUUCCCACAAGGUGUGGCAUUAGCAAAAGAUAUAAACGCAGUCAAAUAUUUGGAGUGUUCCGCAUUGACUCAAGUUGGACUCAAAGAUGUGUUCCAUGAGGCUAUAAGGGCUGUACGGAGCUGUCAGGUUUUAUAACAACAUACAUCCUUUUGUUAAUUAAAUUACUUUGAGAUAGGUAUACGGAUGGCAAUGAA